AGCUCCAGAGUUGGAUUUCUUGACCUGGUAUAGGUCUCCAGCCAAUUUAGGGUUGUACUCUGUUUUUUCAAACACCAGUCCAAAAUAUGAAAGUGCUAGAAGGAAGUCCCCAAAAACUUCUGAUCAUCUUAACAGUGUGAAGUUAGUUCACCUCAUCACCCUUGUAUCAUCCAUCCUCGUCCAACUCUUAAGAAUUUGUCUCUUUUUUCCAUGACCAUGUUGUCAUCCGAACCAGUGCUGUCUCAUCGUUGCUACUUUGUGAUGGUCAUCUUCUUUGCUUUCUCGACUACUCUGCCCGUUUGUGAAUGUCACAGACCAUCAUUAAACAACUUCACCGAUCUACAAGCAUUGCUAUCCUUCAAAGACCACCUUAGCUCUGAUCCCUGCAAUGUGUUGGGUGACUGGAACACCAACACAUCAUUUUGCAACUGGAUUGGAGUCUCGUGCAGCAAGCACAGGCAGAGAGUCACCAUUUUACAACUAUUUGAUAGCAGCCUACAAGGCAUAAUCACCCCCUUCCUAGGGAAUUUGUCAUUCUUGCGGCUUCUGUCUCUUGCAAACAACAGCUUUCAUGGCCACAUACCCACUGAAAUUGGCCAGUUGUGUCGCUUGAAACUCCUCACUCUCAACAUAAACCAAAUGAAUGGAGAGAUCCCGCAAAGCAUCGGCAAUUGUGAGAAGCUGAAGGUGUUGUCACUCUCUUAUAAUGGGUUGGUUGGAACCAUUCCUAAUGAGCUGGGUCUUCUAAGGGAGCUAAAGAGAUUGUAUCUUGGAAGAAAUUACAUUACCGGCACAAUCCCGCCUUCACUCGAAAACCUUACUCGUUUGGAGGAACUCGCACUCGAAGAGAAUCAACUCUGUGGUAGUAUACCACAUGAGAUAGGAUUCUUGGGAAGUUUGUUUGAUUUAUAUCUAAACAAGAACAACUUCACGGGAUCCAUCCCGCCUUCACUUGGAAAUCUUUCUAGCUUAGAGCAGCUCGUUAUGAAUGAGAAUCACCUUCAAGUUAGCAUACCUCAGUGUUGAGGAUUGAUGUCUUGUAUUCAGAGGAAAUAGAUCUGACAAGGUGGAGUCAAAGAGACGACUCCAAAGGACUGUUAAAAUCCCAAAAUUUUUGUAUCCGUACAUGGGGUAUUUUGGUAAUUUGUACCAUCUGCCUGGGACUCUAUAUAUUGUUGCGAUGGGGAUUCUUUUAGGGUUAAGGAAAAAACAGAGAUUUCUUUGUAAUACGGAAGCAGAGAGAGGCGUGAGGAAGAGAUUUCUUUGUAACCCUAUUCUUCAUUGCCAGUAAAGAAGCUCUC